AUGAAUGAAUCGCGCAGCCCGAUGGAUUUCGUGCAAGAGAACCGAGUACUGACAGCAAUCGCCGUAAUCUCGGUUCUUGCAGUCAUCAUCUCGAUCAUCGGCCUUGCCGGCGCUGGCCCCCAAGGGGAACCAGGUCUGCCGGGAGCACCGGGUAACCCUGGCGAACCAGGAGCACCGGGAGCACCGGGUGAGCCGGGAGCACCGGGCGAGCCGGGAGCACCGGGCGAGGCAGGAGCACCGGGAGCACCGGGUGCGCCAGGCCUCCCAGGAGAUCCGGGUAAGCCAGGAGCGCCGGGAGAAUCAGGAGCACCAGGUGUACCGGGAGAACCAGGUCUACCAGGCGUCCAAGGUCCUCAAGGCCUCCCAGGACUUGCCGGCCCUCCAGGUCCGCAAGGUAAACAAGGCACUAAAGGCUCGCAAGGCACUUCCGGAGACCCUGGCCCUCCAGGCGCCCCCGGCCCUCCAGGCUCUGACAACGCCGCUGACCUUCAGGCCCUCGACACUACGUUCGCGAUCCCGACGAUCAUCUACGUGGCAUCCGGCACGCCAGCCGACAUCGUUGGCGCUGGCUUUAACAGCGGCGAAGCAGUUUCGCUAACCGUUACGGGUGGUACCGUCGAUGACUCAAUCGGCAGUGCAACCGCCAACGCAAGUGGCGCAUUCGCGGUCAGAGUCACCCUCGACUCCGGCACCUACACCGCUGGCAGCGUAAACUCCUUAGUCGCUACGGGCGACCAAGGUUCUGUAGCCACUGUGACGUUGAUCAUCGUCAACGCCAAGGGUGACGCCCCCGGGCAGUAG